AUGAUGGGGUGGGUUGUUCCGAUUGGCAGAUUCAUGACCCCUUCGUCGCAUGGAGAUUGUGUAAAUGAUCUUGGUUAUGUCUCUAUCUGGCUGAGAACCCAGGUAAUUGUCUAUCAAACGAAACCCACACUACAUGUAUUGGUCAAUGGAGAGACAUGGGCCGGAGCUUUUGCGGUUUUGGAAAAAUUUGCGACGUGGCUUGCUAGUGUACUAAGCUUUCCAAAGGCUGGUAUUGAGAAGUUGUGUAGCUUUAGCUAG